CUCACGUGUGUUUAUGUUGUGAAAGGAAACUUAUGCAUCCCUGAACUGUUUAGUCAUAUUUUAAUCGUUUAAACUCGUCUUAUAGCAAGCAUUGCGUUGGCGAAGACCCUGACAAUGGAAGGUUUUACUUCUUUUCCGGGUUUAAUGUGGGAGAAGGUGCUGUCAAAGGUAAAGAAAGCGGUUGUUUUUAUGGAUGACAGUUGUAGUGAGAGCCUUCAUUGGAAUGGUGGAGCAACCAGUAUGUUAGAGGCUGGAGCACGUAACAUCAAACAGUUCUCUAGCUUCGAAGCUGGAGGAGAAAACGAACCAAAGGCGGUAUUCGUAGUCAGCACGGUCCUAAAAGGAAGAACCGCGGACGUCAUUAAAGACAUAAUUUCCAUGAGCCAUUUUCAAUACUGUGUAGUCUUCACAGCCGUCCCUCACUCUGUGCAUCUCCUUGCUAACAAUGUCACUGCGGAAUUAGCAGGCAACCCAGUGUUUGAGCAAUUUGAGGAGAAACUGUGUGAGUGGAUGGGCGACAUGAACUACACUGCCGAGGUGAUGCAUGCACCCGUCGUCUUCGCCUCUCUGUCACAGCAGUUCCUCCUGUCACCUCUGUUCUCUCAGCUGUUUCCGUUGCUCUCCUGUGAUCUCGAAGAGAUCAAUCGAAAACGCCCAGAGAAAAGGAAAUUCAGCAGUCUGCUCGAUGUGGACAUGCAGUCCUUGCCACCAGAACUACAGUUGCACAUAAAAUCCCUUGCCUCUGCGCUGAACACCAUGUUUGAAUGCACCAGCACUCGUGAGGAGUGCUUCGCCGUGGGACCCAUGAGCCGCCUGAUAGCGGGGGAGCUUGCCAACCACACUCAAGCCAAAAACAGAAGAAAGACAGCUCCCAAUAAAGCAUCAAUUGUCUUCAUAGACAGAACGCUGGACCUAACAGGAGCUGUUGGUCACCAUGGUGAUAACCUUGUGGAGAAGAUCCUGUCUGCCCUGCCCACGCUGCCAGGCCACGCAACCGACAUCCAGGUGGACAUGCUGGACCUGACCAACCUGCAGCGCUGUCCCGGCAUAGAGGACGUCCUGGCACCGGGCUGCCUGGCACAAAACCAGUCGUCGGGGGCGCGGCCGCUGUGGGAGACCAUGCUGGUUGCCAAGCAGAAGGAGGCGGUGAUGGAGGUCCGUCGGCAGCUCGUGGAGGCCGCCAGCAAGGAGAACCUGCCAAUCAAGAUGAGCCUAGGUCGUGUCACGGGAGAGCAGCUGAGCUCCUAUGCCCGACUCUUCAAGGGGCACGUGGAGGCCGUGGAAACCCACGCCGGCGUGCUGCAGCUGGCACUGGCCACCGCCCAGACGCUGUGCCACCCCACCCUGCCCCGAUGGGACGCCAGCCUGGCCUUCCAGAGGCUGCUGCUGCAGGCUCUGGGAGACUCGGAUCUGGCAGCUGUUCUGCGGCAGGUUCUCCCCCUGAUCCGGGAGGCCUGUGUAUCCGAGGGCCCGGGCCCCGUCCCGGAGGCCAGCUCUGGUUCCACCUCCACCUCCAGCCCCGCUCCUGGUUCCGGCUCCGGGGAGGCAGCGUCCUCAUCAUCAUCACUGGGUCCAGAGGAGCUGCUGGGGCUGCUGGUGUUCCUCUACUCCCUGUCGGAGGAAGCGCAGGCUGGGGAGGAGGAGGAGCUGGAGAAGGUGGAGAUGGACGUGAUGGGGGCGCUCACGCUGCUGCUCACCCGCCAGAAACAGCUCAGCCCACUCAUGCAGAACAUCACCGGUGUGUCUGGGCCUGAGGAGCUGACUAUGGAGCGAGCCCAUACUGCUGUGGAGGAUGUGUUUGACACUCUGACCACGCUGGGCCACUCACGACAACACCUCAAGGAGCUGAACUCCGUCUACACACCCAGCGACGGAGUGCACCAGGCAACGUAUCGUCCGCUGCUGAAGCAGGUGCUGGAUGAGAUCUUCCACCCUGAUCGUCCGGAGUGCCCCGACAUCGAGCACACCUCCUCCGGGCUCACUGACCUCCUCAAGACCGGAUUCAGCAUGUUCAUGAAGGUGAACAGGCCUCACCCUAGUGAUCACCCGCUGCUCUUCCUCUUCCUGGUGGGCGGAGUCACUCCAUCUGAACUCCGCCUCAUCCGUGACACAGUCUCCGCCCACAAAACAGCAACUCAGGUGCUUGUGAUGUCCACCAGACUCCUGCGGCCUGCUGACGUCCCCCAGCUGCUCUUCGCUACCCAGAGGCUGGAGCCCGACAUCGGAGUGUGAGCCUGGACUAUACCUGUACACAUAAUACAAACACACACACACACACUCACACACGCACAAAUACUACGUACACAUCAUAUACACACGCGCACACACACACACACACACACACACACACACGCGCACAAAUACUACGUACACAUCAUAUACACGCGCGCACACACACACACACACACACACACACACACACACACACACACACACACACACACACACACACACACACACACACACACGCGCACAAAUACUACGUACACAUCAUAUACACGCGCGCACACACACACACACACACGCACACGCACAAAUACUACGUACACAUCAUAUACACGCGCGCACACACACACACACACAGAUAUGUACACAUCACAUGCACGCACACACACACACACACAUACGAACACGCUCAGAUAGGUACACAUUGCUCGCACGCACACACACACACACACACACACACAGAUAUGUACACAUCACAUGCACGCACACACACACACACAUACGAACACGCUCAGAUAGGUACACAUUGCUUGCACGCACACACACACACACACACACACACACACACACACACACACACACACACACACACCUCUUUUCCCAUAGUUCAUUGCAACAGACUCAACCGUGGACUCAUCCCACUUUCCGCUCCUCCUUGGUCUCCAAGCUACAGCUCCUGGUCUUCAGUCUCUCUGGGAGCGUCUUAAAGGGAACAUUGGAUAGGGCCAUGUGUGUGUGUGUGUGUGUGUGUGUGUGUGUGUGUGUGUGUGUGUGUGUGUGUGGACGCGCGUGUGUGUUUGCGUACUGUAUGUGUGCGUGUGUGUGUAUAAUGUGGAGCUAUCUAUGUGUGGUGUAUGUGGGUGUGUGUAACUGUGUAUGCAUGUGUGUGUGAUGUGGAAGUAUCUAGUGUGUGUGUGUUUGUGUGUGUUUGCGUGCGUGCGUGCGUGUGUGUGUGAGGGUGGUUAGGGCCCUCAGGGGCGUGUUCCUCUGUGCUGCCCCCACUGCGGUGUCUCUCAUGUGGGCCGCUGGGCUGGGAGGAGAGCCUCUCCCUCUCCCUGUCAUUGGGCCCCUGUGGUGGUGUGGUGGUGGUGGUGGUGCUGCUGCUGCUGACUACCCACGUCACUCCCGGUCAUCAAUCUGCCCACAGCCAGAAGCCCAAAGCCACGCUGGACACAAAUGCUCUCUCUGGGGGUUCACAUUCACACACACACAUGUAAACAUGCACACAUACACAGUUUUCUCACUGGAACAGAACACACACGCACACGCAC